GAAAAAGUACUUGCCAAAUCGUAAACGCCUCAAAUAGAGAACGUCGUCAUUAUUAUACCUCUACCAUUUUUGGAGGUGACUGUGAGAUUGAACACACACAACUUCCCCAGGCCUUGGAAAUGAUGUGGGAAAUGUUAGAAGACUUUACGAACUAUACAAGAAAAACUAAAAUACCACCGAUUAUUUACUUACUGAAAACAGACGUGAAAUUAAAUUUUCAAAUGGGUGAUACUGAUAGAAUGAAUACGUUGUUGAAAGGAGAAAACAUAAGAUCAUAUCCAGAGUCUACCAAAGAUGGGUUCAAAGUAUUAGAAUGGUACUUGAAUUCGGUUGAAAACAAGAAUCCGAAAUUUUCGGAUAAUCUUGAAUCGUGCUGA